AUGACUGAUGGGACUGAUGAACAUAUUUCAAUUCAAUCUGUCACCAGCGACAGUAAAACCAACGAGAUCUCGGAACAUACCGAUGGUCUGCUACAACUUAAUUAUAAACAAGCCAGGGUGUUAAGAGCGAUUUGUGGUGCCUUCAUAGGGGAACUUGAUGUGGAUGAACUUGACAAACUUUGUGAGACUGAAACCAAAGUUACCAAAGAAGGAGAUGAAAGAGUUCGCGAAUUUGGAAAACUUGAUGUAUCUAAAAAAGACGACUUUUUGGACAGAAUUAUUGAUCAACUAUCCAAAUCCGUUCUACCGCAUAAAAUGUCAGAGAUUGAAUCACUUCUUAAACGCCUUAGCAAUCGAGGCGUUUCUACCUACAGAAUGACAUCUUCAAUGAAAGCUUUUAAUGAGCUCGGUCAGAAACAACGAGAGGCGAUCGUUUCCAAAUGGAGCACAAGUCAGAUAGCAGCCAAUAGACAGAUUUUUGGAAUUCUUUAUCAUUUAACAUGUGUUGCUUUUUGGUCAGAUCCGUAUGGUCUAUAUCCAGUAAUUGGCUACCCCGGACCUGAUCCGGAAGCAACAGGUCCAAAAUGUCAAGAACGUACUUUCCCCGAAUAUGAGUUUGUUGAAAUUACAGAUGAGACAAAAGAGUUAAAUUAUGAUAUAGUUGUCGUUGGCUCAGGAGCAGGUGGAAGUGUAAUUGCUGCACGGUUGGCAAGAAUGACCGGAAAUUCUGUGUUGUUGAUUGAAAAAG